GUUUGUAGGAGCCGUCUGCAUGCCUAGGGGCUUGAUUGUAUACACCUGUGUCCAUGGAGGGGAUUGGAACACCUGAAUCACAUGAUAUGGAGGGGAUUGGAGCACCUGAAUCACAUGAUUGGGAGGGGAUUGGAACACCGGAAUCACAUGAUAUGGAGGCGAUUGGAACACCUGGAUCACAUGAUAUGGAGGGGAUUGGAACACCUGAAUCACAUGAUUUGGAGGGGAUUGGAACACCUGAAUCACAUGAUAUGGAGGGGAUUGGAACACCUAAAUCCAAUGAUUUGGAGGGGAUUGGAACACCUGAAUCACAUGAUAUAGAGGGGAUUGGAACACCUAAAUCCAAUGAUUUGGAGGGGAUUGGAACACCUGAAUCACAUGAUAUAGAGGAGAUUGGAACACCUGAAUCACAUGAUUGGGAGGGGAUUGGAACACCUGAAUCACAUGAUAUGGAGGGGAUUGGAACACCGGAAUCACAUGAUUUGGAGGGG